AUGACAACCGUACGAGUAUCCGAAUUUACUCCGCAGAAAUCAACCACACAUCAAACAGCCAAAAGAAGAAGCAUCGAUUUAAAUGACAAUUUAGCCAUUGAGGCAACAGUUAAACCAAUUAAUCGAACUCUGCAGUCCAGAAACAAUGAAAUAUGUGAUCUAGAUACAUUAAGAAGUAUCGUUAAGUCUUCGAUAUCGUUAAGGAGCUAG